AUGGAAACCGUUUUAGUUGAAAUUGGAAGUAGGUAUGUUCGAAUAGGGCUUCUGGGUGAAUUUGCUCCGAGAUCAAAAUUCAUUUCGAUUCCCCAGACUAAAGCAAUAGGACAUUCCUACAUAAAUAAAAAAGCAUGCAUAGACGCUUUCCCUCUUGACUAUGAAAUACAUGAUAAGGCAUUGACUAUUGAACAACGAGAAUCUUUGACAUCUUCAUUGUUGAAUAUCCCUCUUCACAAGAAAGUUUCAAAAAUUUUCAGCAUGGACGAAGAUUCUUUGGCAUCGAGCCGAGAUUUUCAAAUCCAGAAUUCCGUACUGGAGCUUCUUGAGUCGUUGUUACUUAUACUGUCUCAAUGUAAAGCCAUCCUAAUUGAGCCAGUGUAUACAUCUAAUCGAGAAAAGAACCAAAUUGCUGAAAUUUUGUUGUCAAAAUUAAGAUUUAAGUCGAUUUGUUGGAUUCCGGAACCAAUCAUGGAAGUUGUAGGUGCUGGUGUAUCAGACAGUUUAGUAGUUCAUUUAGGAUGGCUGUCGGCAAUUGUAACAUCCGUUAUGGAUUUGCGUUUGAUAUCUUCAAGAGAUUUCCCAUCGAGCCAUAUGUCAGGUCUUGUAUUGCACUAUAAAAUAGUGGAAAGGCUUCUUGAUUUAGAGAAUGCAGCUUUGGAUCAGCUUCUUUGUUCCCCUUCCGGAUUUGAACUUGUAGAGAACUUCAUCCAGACAUCAUUGUUUGUAAGAAAAGAUAGGUCUCAGACAUCAUCUUUUGAAGAACACAGAUUCACAGAUUCCAUAGUGAUACCUAAAUCUAUAUGCUAUGAAGUUGUAGAAUCUCUUGUUACGAGCCUAAUCCCUGGAAUAAUAUCGUUCAUUGCAAAGACUAGCAUCGAUGUAAGAUCCCGAAUCCUUGAGAACAUAAUAAUAGCUGGAGGAUUAGCAAAUAUUCCGGGCUUAAAGUCAUAUGUGCUCACUCAAAUUAGAAAAGAGUGGAAAGCAGCCAACCUUGUGGUUUCUUUGGGUUCAUGGCCGGGCCUAUCCAUUUACUAUUCUUCCCUUGAAAGACAGGAAUUGAAAGAGUUGAGUAAGCAGGCUGAAUUAACAAGAGAGCAAUAUAAAUCAAUUGCAUCAGCAGCAAAACGCUAG